GUUUCUUUUGGUUCGUCCUUGUGUCAGAUAUCACAAACAGCGAAAUUGUUGCUUAGUCACGGUGGGAAUCGGAUAUACGACACUGCGGAUCGGCAUUAGUUUCGCAUUUCUUUAUAUUGGAAAGGAUUGAUAUAUCUUUGUUUUGUUUCACAGUGGGUUUCUUAUGCCAGGUUGGUAUGGCUUCAUUUGCAAUCCAGUAAUAAUAUGCAUUUUAUGCAACCCAGCCGCUGGAGGGCUACCUUUCUGCAGACUUCAUAAACCUGCUCCAACACACCUGCCGGUUAUUUUGAAGUAAUCCUGAACACAUGGACUGCAUCUGAAAUCACAUACUCUAAGUAUGCACCUAUUGUGAAUAAGUGAUUUUUUUAGACUGUUAAUAAAGUACACUCUUAUGAAUGUAACCCUAACUGUCACCUACCAGCAUUACUUUACUGCCAUUCACAGAUCCUCUCCAGUGGCUUCAUGGGAUAAAGUGUCCAUAUGUGCACUUAAGAUUCUCGCCGCAAGUAGUAGGUCAUCCAAGUGCUUUUUGCCAACUCUUAUGAGCACUGUAAAUUCAGACAUACUACUCGUCACAUACUGUUUUUGCCUACUAUGUAGUUGGGAAGUAUGCUAUUUUGGAUGCAGACCUGGAUUAGCCGGUUCAGGCAUGUUAAAUUGGAGCUAAACUCUGCAGGAUGAUAGCCUUCCUUGAGCAGGGUUGGCUACCCCUUUUUUUUUUCUUUUUUUUUUUAACACAAGCAUAGCAAUUUUUACUUUGAAAUGUGCAAGGCUUCUGGUGCCAGCUGCUUCCAGUUAUUUUAGCUGUACAAAAUGAGUCCAUUAUGCUGCUUGAUAUAGAACUGGUAGAAAUAGAACUGGUAUUUGCAAUCAUAUUUAAACUUAACUUAGUCAUAAACACACUGCAGUGCAAAUAGUUUCUGUUUAUGGCACUUUUUGUUUUAUCUGUAGUGGCUAAUGAAUCAGAAGUCUCACAUAUUCACAGGAAAUAGUUUAAUUCUGUGUUGAAAACUGGUGGAUAGUGACAGAUCUGGUUCCAUCUGAAUCAAACUAAUUUAUAAAGUGUUAUUUUAUGGCAACAGCUAAACCAUAUUUUCAUAAUUUUUGCUUUUCCAUGUUUUAGAGGUUUUCUCAUAACAGUUAAUGAGAUGAAGUAAAUUUAAGGAACAAACAUUUUUAGAAAAAAGGGAAGAUUUGCAUUUGAGUUUUAUGUAUUUUUGUGAACACUAAUGUUCUGCUUUUUGCCUGUAGCCUAUAAAUGUUUUUUUUGUUUGCUUUUUUUUUUGUUUUGUUUUUUAUGCCAUACUGAUCACACAUUAUUUCACAUUAUUACUGCAACUGUAUUGUGAAAUAAUUAAAAAUGCACAUAACAAAUAACCAGGUUUCUGUAGGCCCUAUGUUACAUGCAGCAUUAAGCAACUGAAUCAAGAUUUAAUUAUUUAUAUGUAGAUUGUAUACAUUACAUGUAGUGAUGCUUAUUCCAUUUUGUUUUCCCACAGCAUGCUGUUCACAAACAAUAGCCUAUAGAUGGUCAAACUGUUUAGCAGCAUUCAGGCCUUUUUUGUUUUGCUUUACAGACUAGCUCAUUGUCAUGAGACCAUUUUUCCAGUUAAUUCAAACUGCAGUUAACAGCAAUAAGUCAAAUACAUUCUUGCCCUAUAACGACUUUUCAUACUCAUAAUCCACUGAAAAGAAGAGGCCACUAGAGGGAAGUGCAGUACAACGGAUCCGGUAAAAAAAAAAACAACAACAACAACAACAACAGCCUUGGUUUUACUUUUAGACGGAACUUAAGAAGAUGGUAAUGCUAAUUCUGUACAUGGUUAGUACUAAAAUUGUCAUUUUAUUGAAGUAACUGAGUUUGGGAGACCAUGCUUUGUGAAAAGGGUGCAAAAAUCAUAUAGGCUUAUACACUAAAGGCAAUAGCCAUAUUGUCAAGAGUAGGAUACAACCAAAAAUUAUAGGAGUUAAACAGAGAUUUAAUAAUUUCACACAAAGAAUGUGCUAGUAUGUGUAUCAAUAUUUUGUAGCAAUGUGAUUUACUAUCGUCAGGUAUUGACAGAAGAGUUGCAGGAAACAAGCUCUAAUAAGCAGCAGGUUGGUUGGUAAUUGAGGUCAUGCUAUUGGGUAAAAUGAUCAGUGCAAAGGUUUUUUGUAGUCAAGUAAACCUAAAGCAAAGGUCUGGUAAGUUGUUGCACAGGUGAAAAAAGGAAACAAUAAGACUUUGUUUCUCAAAACUAGUUAGAAAAGUUUGUACAGCAGGUGUUAAGUGCCUUGAACAACAGACCAUGGAGCCUGUGUCUUUUGCCUCUUACCAGAGUUCACAAGUUCACCAGGUAAACAAUCAGGUACUAGUUAAACGAAGAACUUGGCUUCAGGACAGUUAACCUGCCUGAAUGCUUAUAUCUAUAUAAACCUUAUAACCAAAUCGUGAAUUUAUCCCUGAAUCUGUGUGUAGAUCAUUUUUAUGCAUAUCAUUAAUCAUAGAACCGACCUGUUCUAGGUGGGGGAAAAAUGUAUUUCAAAUAAACCAAACUUUUUUUUUUUUUUUUUUUUUUGCAAAACUUGCUGACAAUUAAAGAUGUGGAUAAGCACAAUAAACAUCUGUUUUGUUGUCUUUUCUUUUCUGUAUGUGAUGAUGUUGGGUGAGUUCAUCCAGAUAAUGAACGGACAGAUGAAGAGUCACGAGCUCAGGCGGAAUGAAUGUGUUUGGAAAUGACGGAGACAGACAGCACGGUGACUGAAGCUGGACGCUUUGUCAGUGAGAACAACAGAAAAAUGGACGUGUCAAAGAGGAUCAUCAGAAAUCUGGAACCAGCAAGACCACUGCGCCGUCUUAACAUGAAUCAAGUGCCUCAAAGCUAUGCUGAGAUUAAGCCAGUAGAAAAGCCAGACAACAUUAUUAAAGUGGAGCAUUUCUAUGAAAUCCUGCAUCUUCAAAGCACCAGCACCCAACCAAAGAAGAAAGUCGAAAGAAUUUGCUACACACGGGACUUUCUCCUCAAGAUGGCAAGUUGUCCAAUGGCUAAGAAGAAACCUGAGUUUUUACCAGAACAUCCAAUCGUUUUGGAGAAUGGAAGAACCAAUGACGUGCCCAGAUACUUCAUCACCAACUACAACAACAACAACGACGGCGAGGACAUGGCUGCCUAAUAUGGAAUUUCGUCUUUUUUUUUUUUUUUUUUUUUUUUUUUUUACAAUGGUCUAAAACUGCACUGCAUGGGAACCAGAGUGGAAAGUGUUAAAAAUAUAUUUUUUAUUUUUCAUCACAAGUUAAUUUAAUAACUUUCAGUGUUAUAAAAGGUAAAAAAAAAAAAACUUCUCACUUAAGCUUUAGAAUAAAAAGGGUCUUGUAAAGAGAGAAAAAUGCACUCAUUGAAUUCUGAACACAUAAUGUGUAUUCUAUGUAGGUGUUGCAAUGCUUGUUCCUAACCAGUCCACAGUACAGAGUGUUAAAUGAUGCUAACAGGACUGAUGCCUUGAUCCUUGCAAAAGAUUCCACUCACUGAUUUUCCUUUCUUGACCAUACCCUUUCAUUUUACCUUGUGAUGUCUAACUCAGGCUUGUGAUCCUUGCCUAAUGUAAGUUGUUACUACACUACACUAAAACGGAUGUUCUAGUUUCAUGAUCUGCUGUGUUAAAAUGUAAUUAUUGUGGAUAUUUGGACUUGAAGUGUUUAAGAUUGAAGUGAAGUGCACCUUAAAUUAUAGACUGACUUCUAGCAAGUUCAUACGUCUGAGUUAGUCAUUAGAGAAUCAGAUUGGGAAUGUGUUCACUUUGCCUAACUGUAUUAACACUAUAGAGUUUACUAUAGUCUAUAAUUAACAUUACAGAGAGAAUGAGGCUGACAAGCAAAACAGAAAAACCACUCUCUUUUGACAAUUAUUGAGCCUGUGGAUGGGUAAUAAGCUUUUUUUUAAAGGUACAGUAAGUUAUUUUCACUUUUUUGCAAGCAUAGCACUUGAAAAUACAUCUGCUUUGUUUACAUAUGCCUAUGUCUGAAAUGUUUUAAUUCAUUGCUGUAAAGUGGAUUGGAGCACAGAAUAAGUGUUUGUUACAGUACUGUAACCCUUUCAGUAUUAUAAUAUUGUCUUAUUAGAGGUUACUAGAAAAAUGGUAAAAUAAUCAACCACUCUGGACCUUAUGCAAGGAUUUUUCCCCCAUGAUUUGCACAUCUGGGCAGAGGCAAUAUUUGCUUUUUGUAUCACGCUGUAAUCUGUGAACUCAUUGUCUUAACUUGAAAUUGGAUUUAUUCCACUAAAUUCAUUACACUCAGUAAAAGAAGAUUUGUUUUA